UAGGCGUUAGCCCCUCCAAUUUUUCCUUCCUGAUUAUGAUGAUGGCAGAUUGAAGAGAGCCCAUAAAAUUCCAUGGGAGAAACCAAUUAAUCUUGCAGUAUUCUUGUAUUAAUAUCUGAAUUUGACAUGAGUUUUACGGUAUAUGGCGUCUUUUCUCGUUCCACUCAAACAUCUCCAUUGAGCAAUACUAUUCGAAGAAUCCAUCAGUACCCUUUAAAUGGUGUUUUUUCGUUGCAAAAAGUUACCAUUUUUGGGUACCGUGAAUUGGGGUUUAAGCCAUUAUUAGCUGUGAGUAAUGUAGCAGUUGAGAAGGGUAGUGCUGAAAACCAAGCAAAUGAUAAACCCAGGUAUAAGUGGGUUAAGAUAGGCUCUGAUAUUACUGAGGAACAGAAACAAGCUAUUUUGAAGCUUCCACCAAAGAUGACAAAUAGAUGUAAGGCAUUAAUGCUACAGAUCAUUUGCUAUUCACCUGAAAAGGGAAGUGUGUCCCUCUUGUUAGAGGCUUGGGUGAAGAGUAUGAAGCCUGAGAGAGCUGAUUGGCUUGAGGUACUUAAAGAAUUGGACAGGCUGAAUCAUCCCUUGUAUUUUGAGGUAGCUGAAGUGUCCCUCUUAGAAGAAUCAUUUGAAGCCAACGUUCGUGAUUACACCAAGAUUAUUCAUGGCUAUGCAAAGCAGAAUCGGCUGAGAGAAGCUGAAAGUAUGCUCUUAGCCAUGAAGACUAGAGGCUUCACAUGUGAUCAGGUGGUUCUCACGGCUUUAGUUCACAUGUAUAGCAAGGCUGGUAAGCUUAAGAUGGCUGAAGAUACUUUUGAAGAGAUGAGGUUGCUUGGAGUAACAUUAGAUAAGAGAUCCUACGGGUCAAUGAUCAUGGCCUACGUCAGAGCUGGAAUGCUUGGCGAGGGAGAGGCAUUACUGAAGGAAAUGGAAGAACAAGAGAUCUAUGCUGGAAGAGAAGUUUAUAAAGCAAUUCUGAGAGCCUAUUCGAUGAUUGGUGAUAGCAAAGGAGCUCAGAGGGUCUUUGAUGCUCUCCAGUUAGCAGGAAUAAUCCCUGAUGCGACCGUCUGUGGGCUGCUUAUGAAUGCCUAUGUUGUGGCUGGUCAAUUGAGCGAGGCUUGUAUUGCGUUUGAAAAUUUGAGAAGAGCUGGCAUAGAACCUAAUGACAAGUGUAUCGCACUGCUGUUGUCAGCUUAUGAAACCGAAAACAACCUGAGCAAGGCACUUGAUGUUUUGAUGAAUUUGGAGAGGGAUGGUGUUGUGCUUGGUAGAGAAGCUUCCGAAAUAUUGGCUCGUUGGUUCAAGAAACUUGGGGUAGUUGGAGAAGUGGAACUUGUGUUGAGAGAAUUUAUGCAUCAAACUUAGUGUAUUAAGAAUACUGAUGCUUUCUGCUGUUGUCUGAAGUUUCUCUCCGUUGCAUCUGUUUGAGAACCAGUCUUGGUUUCCUAUCUACAGGUAUCUUCACACUUUGCUGCAAGUAAAUACAACAUACUGCCCCGGAAAGUAUCACAAGUUACAGCUGCUUGUAUCAACAAAACAAGCAGAGAGUAUGUUUUUCAUAUUUCUGGUAAGAGGUUGAGGGCAACAAGCAGUUUUUCAUGUAUGUAAACAACUCUCAAAUACUGGAAUCUGUCUCCUGAGUCUUUCGGCAACAGGAGCAACAGAACGGUUGGCUGAAACAACGGUGUACAUAAUAAAGGUUAUGGCUCUGUCCCAAGUGUUGGUUGAUCAUCUUCUUUCAGCUUCAGUUUUUAGUCAUGUGAAACCUUUCCUUGAGUUGGUUCAUCCUGAGUUGUAACCCUUAUUUUUGUGGAACCUAAUCCAAAAGUGUUUGAUUAGAGAAAUAAGAUUAAGAAAGUAUGUGCACUUCAGAUCUGGAAAAAUAAAGCGAUGCCAAAAUCUGCCAUUUUGAUUACUUCUUAUUGCAUACUUUAGGGCAGGACGAGAUUUUGAUUAUGACAACUACACUUUAUCUCCAUCAAAAAUUGAUUGUUCUUUA